GGGCUAGACAGUAAACUUAAGCUAGAACAACCCUUACCAACCUUAAUACAUUAUAUUAUUUUUAUGUACCCGAGAGCAAUUUUAUGUUAUAAAUUGGGUUCCACCAUGGGCAACCAAAUUGGACAAGCUUAGGAAGCAGUCAAUGUGUUAAACAUUCCAAACUGAAAAAUUUAUCCAGCAUGAGUAAAUGAUUUUCUCCAUCUUGUUGUUCAAUGUAUUUAACGAACCAACUAUUAUAACAACUACAAGUGGGUUGCUACAAUUAAAAGCAUCGUCUCAUCAUUUGUAUGAAAAUUUAUAUGUGAGCAGAUGAUCAAUUGAUUUAAUUUUUAUACACAUGUGAAGUCACGCAUUUUUCUAUGAAGUCUUGAACAUGUGGAAGAAUUUUAUAGACUUAACCCAUUCUCCAAACAUAUCCUUACACUUUUCCCUUCAUAAUAUUUUAAAUAAUUUCCCCUCAAUGUCAUUUCCUAAUUACAAACUUACAUUUAAAAGAAAUAUUAAAUUCAACAACUAGAAAGUAUUAUUUAACAUUAGUUUCAAAUUUAUUAAGUAAUUUUGUAGAAGUUAAUAGAACAAAGUUUUGAGUGGACCUUUCUAAUACAUCAGUCAAUUUAAUGGGAUUUUUCCAAUAUCCCAACUUUACUCUCUCCAAACAAUGAACUGCAAGUACUAGGCGUACACUCUCACUGUUUGAGUCAGGUAGUUUCAAACAAUAUGGUCUCUCGAGUUGCUGUAGAAGUGUUGAAGAAGGCCGAGGACUUAAAAGACAGGACGAAUCUGAAGACUGAGAUCACCGUGGACGCCUGGCCUGCACAGCAACAACUCCAGAAAAUUUACCAUGACGUGCUCAUUCUGGAUCUUGAAUAUGCCCUUGAUAGAAAAGUCGAACAGGACUUGUGGAACUACUGCUUCAAAAACUACAUUGUCACUCUUCAAAACAAUGCCAAAGAUAAGAAGAACAAUGGUGUCAUUUUUCAAAAUCGUCUGUCAUGGUUCCUCGACUGUGCGAGUGGGUUUUAUUUGUCUCUACUCCAAGAGAUAUGCUCAGUGUUUGGCUUAGAUCUUGCUUUCUUGAGGCAUGACAGCCUUUUUGGUCUUAAGCGUCAUGUAAAUGAUAAUUUGGCCACGAACAAGCCUAACCGGGCAUCAUGCUAUUAUAUAUGCCAGCACUGUCUUGUACAUUUGGGUGACAUCGCCCGCUAUAGAAACCAAAUGAUUCAGGCUGAAUCUUUUUAUAGGCAUGCGGUUUCUCUUGGAGCGAACAGUGGUCAUCCUUACAACCAACUCGCUCUCUUAGAGGCUUCAAGAGGUGACAUGCUAAGCACUGUUUUUUAUUAUACCCGUAGCAUUGCUGUCACACAUAAAUUUCCUGCGGCUAUUACUAACCUUGCAAACACUUUCCACAAAUGUGCUUCUAUUGAGUUACCAGCAGAAGGGGCAAAGUUGACUGUGACAGAAUAUGAAGCCUCUUUUCUUCAGCUCCACGCCUUGCUGUAUCUAUCCCAAGACAUCACCUUGGCAAACCAAAUCCUCCACAGCCUCACUCAAUCCUUAACACCGCUCAUAGCUACUCAGGAAUUCAGCAGUUGGAAAUUGAUUCAAAUGGCAGUCAUCACAAUUUUUAUGUACAACCAGAUGGAUGGAAAACCUUUAGAUGUACACAGAGUUUUGUCCGAUUAUAUGGUUGGGUUUUUAAAUGCUUUGCUUGUACCUCUUUACACUGCAGCAUCGAGCGACUCUGUUCAGGAAUACUUUGGACUUCCUGCUGUCAAGAUAUUUCUUUCUUGGAUGAAAUGUGAUCCAAGCGUGGUAAGCAGAAUGAACCGUCAACAUUUGUGGCGAGGAUUAUGUGCUCUACUCAACCUUUUACCCGUUACUCAUUCAACUAUAAUAAAUUAUAUUAAUGCCGCUUUACCAGAAGACUACGAUCUGCAGGGAUUUUUGCCCCUAGAAUCAAUGCUGACAGGCAUAAACUUCGGGGGAGAAAAGCUCAAUGAAGACAUUGUAAAGCGGCUAAGAGCUCAUAGGCUUUUAAAGUAUGGAGAGUGGCUUGCGAUAAAAUGUGAUUGCAAGCCUAUAUUUAUCAAUGAGUCAGGACAGUUUGAAGCAUCACAGUUUCACCAUGGGUUGCUGAACGCUUCUGACCUUGUGGCCAACCCUAAAGCUCUCCAAAUUUCUUUUGGAAAUGGACAUGACGGGUGGAAAGAAAGAACAAGAAAAAAUGUUGCUUUGCAGUCGCUAUUGAAAAAAUCACAGUCACAGGAUCAAGAAUUAUCAAAUCGAAAUAUAAAGGCAGACUGGCAAGAGAACAGAAAUCCAGAAUGGUGGCCUCAGGGUUGUUCAAGGGAUAAAUUAUCUUCAUGGGGAUUGCAGUCAACAGAGCAAGAAGGGACUUACUCUUUAUUCAGUGGGACAGAUCUUCAAACAAACAAUCUCUCAAGUAGUACAUUAUAUCCUUCGAGCAACAUCAGGAUGAGCCAUCAGUCUUUGUGGUCGGGGCCAGGCCCCUCACCGUUAGAAAGGCUCCUUGAGCAACAGAAACAGCUCAGGAAUACAAAACAGUGCGACACAUGAGUUCUCACAGUGAGAAGUUCUGGUUGACAAUUUUAUUGAGUACAUAAAUAAGACAGAAUUUCCUAAAGGCUCCAUAUUCGUUAUAAAAUGAAUAACAUGAAAAAAAGUACUGACCUGACAACUAUUUUGAGUCUUAUAAAUGCCAAAGCUUGAAGGACAAAAUCCAUCAGGGAUCGAUUUUUUUGUGUCCCAUAUAUUUUAUUUUGUGAGGGCUUUACUUCUCAACUUUUCAUGAACUGUUUCAUCUUGUGUUGGAAAUCGAAUCAUGAACAGUGUUGAUGGAUCAGCCAUCCAAAUAGUUAAUGCAGUAACUGACCUAAAUUCUAUUAAAGAGAGUUGAUUACCUAUUUGUUCCUUUUGCCAUCUUUACAAUAUUUACUUGUUUCUUUUAAUGAGUUUUAAUAUUGUUUUGUUAAUGGUGUUUAUUGCAAAGGAAUCUAGGCUUCAUAUAAAAAUCUAAAUAAUACUUAUAAAAAACGAUAUUACUUCGCAAGUAAGUAUGGUGUUAUUAAGAAAUAUGAGUAAUCCGCCACCAAGCUUACACCAUUGUAAGAAUUGAAACUAACAAGAAAAAAAUAACCUCCUUUUACAAUUCGAAGUAUUAAUAAGUUGAAAAUUGUUAAUAUUGUAAAUGAAAUGUUCCAAAAUAAACAGUACUUACAAACCA